AUGGCGAGCCUUAAGUACGGCCUCAACAUUAAAAAGCCUUCGCAGGCGCCUGCGAGAGGCAAGCCAAAGAAGCCGCUUUUUGGCGACGACGAAUCCGAUGACGAAGACGCGAAGCCCACUGACAAUGUCGAAGAGAUUGGCGUGUUUGACCUCGACGACCCAACCCCAUCUUCCAGUGCACGCAAGCCAUCCAAGAAAGACUCCGGUCCCUCGAAACCCCCGAAGAAGCCCCAAAUCACGCCAUAUGGCGACCUCUCCGCGCUAAAAGAGUCGCGAAAGAAGGCGGAGGAAGCGGAGACUCUGGAUUCCAGCAUAUACGACUACGAUGCCGCCUUCGACGCGCUCCACGCCAAGGAUGCCGAGCGCAAGAAGAAGGACCGUGAAGAGGCCGCUUUGAGAAAGCCCAAGUACAUGGAAGGCCUGCUCGCUUCUGCCGAGCUUCGCAAGCGCGACCAGCUUCGUGCCAAGGAGAAGCUGGUGCAGCGAGAGCGCGAGGCCGAGGGCGAUGCUUUUGAUGAUAAGGAGAAAUUCGUCACGGAUGCAUACAAGAAGCAGCAGGAGGAGAUGUUGCGCUUAGAGGAAGAAGAGAAGAAGAGAGAAGAGGAAGAGCGCAAGAAGCGCGGCCCUGGCAUGUCUGGCUUCUACCGCAGCAUGAUGAACGACGAGGAAAAAAGACAUCAGGAAGCCAUGGCAGCAACCGAGAAAGCUCAAUCUGGCCAAGUCGAGGCCCCGGCUCAAGAGGAGGACGAAGAGAAGAAGCGAAAGACCGACAUCCAACUUGCCAAGGAGAUGCAGGAGAAGGGAGUCGAUGUCAUCAUCAACGAUGAGGGUGAAGUUGCGGACAGGCGACAGCUACUCACCGCCGGCCUGAAUGUUGCGCCGAAGCCCAAACAGCCGGUCGCAGCACCUGCCUCUGCCUCUCGCCCGGCUCAGUCACAACAACAAGCUUACCAAGGCCGUGGCUCGAGCAAACAAGCCAUGAGAGAGCGUCAGACGCGGAUGGUCGAAGCUCAACUCGAGCAGGCUGUGAAGCGUGCAGCCGACCAAGAGGCCGAGGAGAAAGCGAAGUUGGAGCACGCAGCUAAGAGUCGAAAGACUACAGGCGACAUCAGCAGCGCGAAAGAAAGAUACCUCCAGCGUAAGAGAGAGGCUGCGGCUGCGGCUGCGGCUGCGGCUGGCAAAAGGGACUGA